CCAGCACACGCGUCGCGGUUUCUCGACGCGAGCUAGGUUUGUUUAUUAACCACCCGCGCGCAGCUAGGAAGGCGCCCUCGAUCGAGCUCUGAACCCCCUGGAAUGGAGCCUUCGUCGUCGUCGUCCUCGUCGUUGCUGGACAGGGACCUCAGGUUCGACCUGUACGCCGCGCUAGCGGCGCUCGGCCUGAGCGCCUUCCUCGUUGUAUGCUUCUGGCGGCUGUACAGGCUCACGGUGUCCGCGCGGCCGCAGGACAUGCUGCCCAUCGCCGGGGGCAAGGCGGCGGCGGCGGCGCUCAGGCAGAAGGACCUCGCGGCGCUGCCGGUGUUCGUGCAUGGCGGCGGCGGCGCGGCGGUCGUCGAGUGCACGGUGUGCCUCGCGGAGAUGAAGGACGGGGAGCGGGGCCGGCUGCUCCCCGUGUGCGGCCACCGGUUCCACGUCGAGUGCAUCGACCAGUGGUUCAGGGCCAACUCCACGUGCCCGGUCUGCCGCGCCGCGGCCGUCGGCCAGCCGGACGCGGUGCCGGCGUGCAAGGCUGGCUCGUCGCAGGUGAUGGUUGCGGUGCAAAGCUGAGUACUGAGCCUGCGAGAGCAGUGUAGCAUGGGCAGAUCAAUACACACGCGUUGGUUGAAAUUUUCACAUCAUACUAUUUUUCUCCUCACCUUUUCCUUGGUCACUUCGACUUGGAAAAGAUUAUGCAUGCGUGGUUACUAUCUCCAAUUCCAUUGGAGUACGUUAUGUUACGAUCCUAUUGUCUUUUUCUGUAUGUACAUGUGGUGUUAUGCCAUGCUAGAAACAUUACCCAUUGUUGUCGAUUAUGACACAUGAGUUUAUGACCAUGCAGAUUUAUGGUGAAAUAUAU